GGAAAACGAAGCGAGGGAAAAAUAGAAGGGCAACCAAACCUCUCCAGCACGCUAGUAUGUGCUAUCGGGAGUUCAAGACUGGUAAUCGAUUGGGGAUUCUCAACCCUUGAAGAAGAAGGUUCACGAUGCAAGGGGUUCGCAAAGAUAGGAGAUUGGAUUGAUAACAACAAGCCAGGUCCAAUUGAAAGAAGAAAAUGAAAGGACUGAUAGAGAGAGAGAGCAUGGCGAUGCACAAACUGGUGACUGGUGGCUCAGCUUGUGCUGUUCCUGGGUCCUCUUCUUCAUCUAACCCUCUCAGCACCUUGGAUAAUGCUUUGAUUGGUUCUUCCAAAAACCAGGUAGAGAAAGAAGCCAGGUGGUCCUUGGAAGUAGGUACAGAUGUUUUGAGAAGCAGAAACCUGGAUGCCCAAAAGGAAGCUCACAAUGGACAUCAAGAUGGAAAUGCAGAUGUAUCUAGACAGCCACAGAGAUAUGAGGAUCGAAGUAGUAAAGUGAGAGCAAUUGAUAAGUCAGAAAGCCUUAUUGAUAUAGAUGAUGCUGAGGUUUGCAGAUAUCUUAACACUAAGGAAGAAAUUCAUUACAAGACAAUCAUCUGGGAAGCUAUGAAUAGAGAACAUGCAAAGGUGAGGCAUGGGAAACGAGCUGCAAAAGCCAAGAAAUGUACUCCUGCUAGAAAAGCUCAGAAGAUUACUUCUAACACAGAAAAUGAUAAGAGAUGCAGUUCAAAGAUCAACUACGAUGCCUUGGAGAAACUAGAUGCUGUGUUGAAUGAAGACCCCAAAAAUGUGGACAUAGAGAAUACGCCUUCGUAUUCUCACAACAGUACAUCGGAGUUGAACCCAAAGCUCAGCUCUGAAGGUCCAGAGUCUGGAAAAGAGGACUACAACGGUCAGUUCGUGCAGGGAACCGACUACAAUGAAGGUGAAGAUGCCUGCACAGAUUUUGAUAGUACGUCAUAUGAUGGAUAUGGAGAAGAUGGAUUUGGGCAUGAUUGGGAUUACGACGAAGAGGAGUGAAAUCAAGCCGUGGAAAAUUCAAUUCCUGGAGUGUGCAUGUGUGUGUGUGGAGCAGAAUUACUGGGAUAAAAUUUGCUCCCAUACCAAUUUUGUAUAAAUGGGAUAUACAUAUAUAUAUAUAUAUAAAUGUUUGAAACAUCAAAGUAGUGAUAAUAGAAAGCUUCUAAUGAUUUUUUAGUGCUAA